GCGAACGCGAACGCAUGCACUGGCACGGGCACGGCGGCGGCGCGAGCGUGAUGUGGAAAACGGGCGAAACGCGGCCCAGCUCGAUCUGCGGCGCGCGGGCGGACUGGUAAUCCAUCCACCGUUUCACUCUCUCUUCCUUCUCCUCUGGAUAAAGAUCCAGAUAUUAGUUUACUACUACUGCUACUCCGUACGUCAAGAGAAUUUACCCAAAUACUCCGAUCUAUAAAAAAAGUCUAUAUAUAGAUUAUAGAGAGGCAAACAAACCUCGCCCACUCCAACACGUGACACCCCGCGCGCGCGCCUCCGCCGCACGCCCCCACUCUCUCACCGCCACCGCCGAGAUGGCCGCCUGCUCCCACCUCGCCGCCGCGGGUGGCUCUUCCCCUGCCGCCGCCGCAGUGGUUCGUUCCCCGGCGCAUUCCUCAGCCGCCGCCGCCUUCGCGCGCCUCCGGUCGACGCUGCGUUUCUCGAGCGCCGGCCUGUCGGUUAAGGGAAGCAGGGCGACUUUCCCGUGGGUCGCCGCCGCGGGGCCGGCCGCGGCGGCGCCGGUGGCCGACCUGGACGGCCGCCCAGCCACGGAGAAGCAGCCCAUCAUUGUCAUCGAUAACUACGACAGCUUCACCUACAACCUCUGCCAGUAUAUGGGGGAGCUUGGAUUGAACUUCGAAGUAUACCGCAAUGAUGAACUGACCAUAGAAGAUGUAAAGAGGAAGAACCCAAGAGGAAUACUUAUUUCUCCAGGGCCUGGUGAACCACAAGAUUCAGGGAUAUCAUUGCAGACUGUUCUUGAAUUAGGCCCAACCAUCCCAAUUUUCGGAGUUUGCAUGGGCCUGCAGUGCAUUGGGGAGGCAUUUGGAGGAAAGAUUAUCCGUGCUCCUUCUGGAGUGAUGCAUGGGAAAAGCUCUCCAGUUUAUUACGACGAGGAAUUAGGAAAGGCAUUAUUCAAUGGCUUGCCAAACCCUUUUACAGCGGCGAGGUACCACAGCUUAGUCAUUGAGAAAGAAACCUUCCCACAUGAUGCUUUGGAGGCUACCGCAUGGACUGAAGAUGGACUCAUCAUGGCUGCUCGCCACAAGAAGUACAAACACAUCCAGGGUGUCCAGUUCCAUCCGGAGAGCAUCAUCACCCCUGAAGGCAAGAAAAUCAUCCUCAACUUUGUCAGAUUCAUUGAGGAGCUGGAGAAGCAGCGUUCCUAAUCUAGGGGAGGUAUAUGCGAAUGCGACGGGUGGUUUCAUAGAUCAGGCGGAAGCAGAGACAUAAGCCACUGCGAAGUUCCGGCACUGGCAGUGGAAGUUUAGCUAGGAAUCAACGUUUCCCUCUCAUAAUUCGUUGUGCUCGUGGUAACAUAAUCUGUGUGGACCGAAUGUCGAAUAAAGUCCAGGCGUCCAGCUGAUAAAAUAAGCACCGGUGUUGGUUCCUCUAGGUGGAUAUAUAUAUCCGGUAAUUUUCGGCAAGGGGAGGCCUCGGCACAUUUUUGUCUGAGUUCCGGCGGUAGCAAGACCGGCCGUAAUAGCGUUAGACCUUGUUCGACAUAAGUUUAUGUCGGAUUACACUCGGAAUUGUUCCAGCUAAGGGCCCGUUCGGUUGUACCGGAAUGAGCCAGGAUUCAUUCCAGCUCAUCAAAAUCUAUAUAAAUUAGAGAAAUAAUCCGGCUAGGAAUUAAUCCGGGGCUCCAAUCCGGAACAACCGAACAGGGCCUAAGAGCAUCUCCAGGAGACUCUUUAUUUUUGGCUCUCUAUUUGACUCUC